GGGCUGGGCUGUCGCCUCUGAAAGCUGAGGUUUGAACAUGUCGCGCCUGAAGGGAGCCGCGGGGCGGGAUACCCGGGCAGGUUUCAGAACUGAGCCGAGGGACUGCACUACCUCAGUACCCCAGGGGCUGUUAAAGGCGGCUAGGAAGAGCGGCCAGUUAAACCUGUCUGGUAGGAACCUUAGUGAAGUGCCUCAAUGUGUCUGGAGAAUAAAUGUGGAUAUCCCUGAGGAAGCUAAUCAGAAUCUUUCAUUUGGUGCUACUGAACGAUGGUGGGAGCAGACGGAUUUGACCAAACUAAUCAUAUCAAACAAUAAACUUCAGUCAAUUACAGAUGACCUCAGACUCCUGCCUGCACUAACUGUUCUUGAUAUACAUGAUAAUCAGUUGACAUCCCUUCCUUCUGCUAUAAGAGAGCUAGAAAAUCUUCAGAAACUUAAUGUCAGCCAUAACAAACUGAAAAUACUCCCAGAAGAAAUUACAAAUCUAAGAAACCUGAAGGGCCUGUAUCUCCAGCAUAAUGAACUAACUUGCAUACCAGAGGGAUUUGAACAACUCUCCAGUUUAGAAGAUUUAGAUCUUUCCAGCAAUCGUCUUACAACUGUUCCUGUUAGUUUUUCUGCUCUGUCCAGUCUGGUGCGGCUCAAUCUUUCCAGUAAUCAGCUGAAGAGUUUGCCAGCAGAAAUAAGUAGAAUGAAAAAGUUAAAGCAUUUGGAUUGCAAUUCAAAUCUCUUGGAAACUAUACCUUCUGAAUUGGCUGGCAUGGAAUCACUAGAAUUGCUUUAUUUGCGGAGGAAUAAAUUACAUUCCCUGCCACAGUUUCCUUCUUGUAGACUACUGAAGGAAUUGCACGUAGGUGAAAAUCAGAUUGAAAUGUUAGGGGCAGAACACCUUAAACAUCUGAAUUCUAUCCUUGUGCUAGAGCUGAGGGAUAACAAAUUGAAAUCUGUUCCUGAUGAAAUCACACUACUGCAGUCUUUGGAAAGGCUUGACCUAAGCAACAAUGAUAUUAGUAGUCUGCCCUAUUCAUUGGGAAACCUUCACUUGAAAUUCUUGGCGCUAGAAGGAAAUCCUUUGAGAACCAUUCGAAGAGAAAUUAUAAAUAAAGGAACCCAAGAAGUCCUGAAAUAUCUACGAAGCAAGAUCAGAGAUGAUAGGCCUACCCAAAGCGACUCUGUUACCGAGACUGCCAUGACGCUGCCAAGUGAAUCAAGAGUCAACGUACAUGCCAUAACCACAUUAAAAACACUAGACUAUAGUGAUAAACAGAAAACUUCGAUUCCUGAUGAAGUGUUUGAUGCUGUAAAAAGCCAUAUUGUUACAUCUGUUAACUUCAGUAAGAAUGAGCUGUGUGAAAUUCCAAAAAGGAUUGUGGAACUGAAGGAAAUGGUUUCUGAUGUCAACCUCAGUUUUAAUAAGCUUUCCUUUGUUUCCUUGGAAUUAUGCAUGCUUCAAAAAUUGACUUUUUUAGAUCUCAGAAACAAUUUUUUAAAUUCUUUGCCUGAAGAAAUGGAAUCAUUGAUAAGACUACAAAUGAUCAAUCUUUCCUUUAAUAGGUUCAAAAUACUGCCUGAAGUUCUGUAUCGUAUCCCCACGCUUGAAACAGUUUUGAUCAGUAACAAUCAAGUUGGAUCUGUGGACCCUCAGAAGAUGAAGAUGAUGGAAAAUCUGACCACGCUGGACCUUCAAAAUAAUGACCUCCUACAAAUUCCACCAGAGCUUGGUAAUUGUGUGAAUUUAAGAACAUUACUACUAGAUGGAAAUCCAUUCCGAGUUCCUCGAGCAGCCAUAUUAAUGAAAGGAACAGCUGCUAUCCUGGAAUAUUUGAGAGACCGAAUUCCUACUUAAAUUGGAGUUGCUUUGUAAUCCUGGCCAAGUUAAUUGUUAGGAGGAUUUAACAUUUUCUUGUAGCAUCAUCCUAAAGCUGAUUGCUGUAAUUGAUCUUAGUUUCCUAAUAUCACCCAGCCAUUGGUAUAAUUGGCCUGGCCAUAGUCACUGCCAGGGAAUAUUUUUACAUUGACAACUAUUUAACAUUUUUUCUAAGAUACUGCGUACAUUUAUAAUGGUGAUCACCGUGUAUAGUGUCCAUACUCCAUACGUUUGUUCUGAGUAUUUUGCACAGGAUUUAUCUUCCUUGCUUUCAUUCCCUUAUAACAUAGCAAGCAGUUUCUUCAAAAAUGAAUUUUUAUUUAAUGUGAAUAUUUUUAUAAUUACAAAGGAAUUUUGUAGAAGUGGGUUUUUUUUUUUUAAUUUCUACUUUUUUUUUUUUACUUGCAUUACAUAUAAUAUGACCAAUUGACUUGAAUGUGACUACCCAAUUUCUACCUUUUUAUUAGAUAUAAAAUUGAAUUUUACUGAGUACUGUCCUUUGACACAAAAAAAUAAGACUUUUCAUUAUCCAUGAUAGAACUUUUGUGAUGUGGUUGGUCUUGGUACAAGUUUUUAAUCAACAUUCACUGUUUUGUUUUAAUGUAUUAAGCUGUUUCUUUUCUAGCUAUUGCGUAGGUCUUUUUCCCCUAGUUUAUGAAAUCAUUUUAUCAGGACUGCUAAUAUCACAGAAAAGCCAUACAAGAUAAAGUUAUUGAAGGAAAAAAUAGUGAAAAUGUUGUUAUAAUUGCUCUCACAAUUUUGAAUUUAAAACUUGACAAGUUUUAUGGUAUCUUAGUAUUAAGUUUCCAUGUGAUAAUCUAAUACUUUUAGAUUCAAGAGCAUUAAAGAAAUUGGAUCUGCAUAUUUUUCCCUCAGCUAGAAUCUGAGCAUUUUAAAUUCCUUUUAUUCCUUAAAAAAAUGUGUUGAAGACUUUAUCUUACUAAUUCUAUAGGUAACAGAAACUGACAACAAUUAAUAACAUAUAUUGCCUAGAAAUCUUGAAAUGUACUGUGUUUAAAUACUUAUUAAGCAGGUAUUUGUAUACCUAAUCUUCUGUUUUAAUCCAACCUGUGUGUCUUUUUAUUUCUAGUAUCUUAAUUUAAAACUUGCUUGCAGUCUCAAUAAGGCCAAACUUGUAGUCAUAUAGUAAUUUUCUAAAAUUACUUGAUUUUAAAAGUAAAUUCGGAAUUUGAUAUAGGUAAACUUAAUUUAAUGAAAACCAAAUAUAAAAUUUUUUGUUUAUGCCAAAAAUAUCAGAAGUAGGCUGAUUAGUGAUUAUAAAACUUAUCAUUAAAUUCUAUUAAGUAGUCAAUUCAGUAGUACGUAUAUCAGUAGUAUGUAUAUCAAUUUAGAUGGCUAGCUAGAUAGCUUUUGGAUGAUUGACGCAUGCUUAUAUUAUGAAAAAAUCAGUGCUAAUAAAGAUAAAUAUACAUGGUCAUAAUUAUUUUCAAA